AUGGAGGUGCGAAGGCAAGCUCUGCCAGCUUCCCUUGCUUUGCUAAGUCUCAACUAUGGAGACGCAGCCCUAGAGACUAAUCCAGCAAGGGGUUUUGUGUACGAUAGCCGAAAUAAUUUACAGAUGCGAGGUUUGGUCGUAUUGCUUAUUUCCAAAGCUGCUGGACCCAGCACGGCAGAACUCUCUUUCCAGCACAACAUGGUCAGUGGAAUUUAUUCCAGUCAAAGAAGUCUGGCUGAGAUUACAGAACUGAUCCACACUGCCUUUCUGGUGCAUCGUGGAAUAGUGAAUAUUGGUGAGCUCAAGUCCUGCGAUGGCCCGCUGAAGGAUAUGCAGUUUGGAAAUAAAAUGGCUGUCUUGAGUGGAGAUUUUCUUCUAGCAAAUGCUUGCACAAGCCUUGCGCAGUUGCAGAAUACCAAGGUUGUGGAACUCAUUUCAAGUGCUAUUGGUGACUUAGUUCAAGGUAUAUAUUACGAAAACUCAAAAUCAUCUGAGAACUGUCUUACAGAUGAUAUCGGCAUAUCUACGUGGAAGGAGCAGGUUUUUCUGUCACAUAGUGCCUUGCUGGCAAAGAGCUGCCAGGCUGCAAUGGAGCUAGCAAAGCACAGCACUGAGAUUCAGGACAUGGCAUUUCAGUAUGGAAAGCACAUGUCUAUGAGUCAUAAGCUACAUUCGGACCUUCAGCCAUUUGUUAAAGAAAGUUCUAGUGACACCAUGGCCUUCAGUUUGAAUUCUGCUCCUGCAGUCCUGCAUCAGGAAUUCCUUGGAAGGGAAGCAUGGAUUAAACAGAUCAGAGAGGCACAAGGAAAAGGAAAUAUAAUGGACUACAAGAAGCUGCGGGAAGCGAUCAAGGCCGGCAAAGGUGUGACUUCUGCCAUCGACCUCUGCUGCUGCCACGGAAACAGAGCGCUGGCAGCCCUGGAGCGCUUCCCUCCCUCCGAGGCCAGGGCAGCCUUGGCCAACAUCGUCUACGCCGUGACCAGGUUUCCCUGA